CGCCGCAGAGUCUAGUGAACACACAUUUUGUGUAUUAACUUUUAAGCCCUUUUUUAAGGCGUCGCAAUGGGACGCGUUAUUCGCGCGCAGCGUAAAGGUGCCGGAUCCGUGUUCCGGGCACACACGAAGAAGCGGAAGGGACAGCCUAAGCUGCGUCACCUCGAUUAUGCCGAACGUCACGGAUACCUGAAGGGAGUCGUGAAGCAAAUCAUCCACGAUCCAGGUCGUGGUGCUCCACUGGCGGUCGUGAACUUCCGCGAUCCCUACCGAUUCCGCCUGAACAAGCAGCUGUUUAUCGCCGCCGAGGGCAUGUACACCGGCCAGUUCGUGUACUGCGGUCGUCGCGCCCAGCUGCAGAUUGGCAACGUGUUGCCCAUCGGUCUGAUGCCGGAAGGUACGAUCGUGUGCAACCUGGAGGAGAAGACCGGUGACCGCGGCAAGCUGGCGCGUACCUCGGGCAACUACGCCUCGGUGAUUGCGCACAACCCGGACACGAAGCGUACCCGUGUGAAGCUGCCGUCAGGUGCGAAGAAGGUGCUGCCGUCGGCCAACCGCGCCAUGGUUGGUAUCGUCGCCGGUGGUGGUCGUAUUGACAAGCCCAUCCUGAAGGCCGGUCGCGCGUACCACAAGUACAAGGUGAAGCGUAACUGCUGGCCGAAGGUGCGUGGUGUGGCGAUGAACCCCGUCGAGCAUCCGCACGGUGGUGGUAACCAUCAGCAUAUUGGUAAGGCCUCGACGGUCAAGCGAGGCACGCCUCCGGGUCGCAAGGUCGGUCUCAUCGCUGCCCGUCGUACCGGACGUAUCCGUGGUGGCAAGGGCGACGAGAAGUUCAAGGAGAAGGAGAAGAAGUAAGCAGCUACUCCGGUGGUGGUGUGCUGGUGGUACCCGCGGGAACGGUGGAACCAUCAAUCGCCAUCGUUACUGUCGGGCAUUCAUCGGCGGUCAUCGUGUUCUGCUAAUGUUUUCCGCUCUGCAACCAACAACAGCAUCGGCAAACAGUAACAACAGAGGCGAAGUAGGAGAUAUGGUAUCGAUAUCUUGUGUAUUGAUAUUGUUGGAACGGAUCGAAGUAAGUGAAAGCGGAGGUUGAAGGUUAAUAAAAAAAAAGAAUAACUAAAACUUCCAACA